AGGUUGGCCAAGAUAAGUAUUGCACAAUGCUUGAGUGUACAGAGGCCCGCGUGUUUCCAGGGUUGUGUAUACAUGACGCCUGUACUUGUUGGCUCGAUGACUAUAGAUCGAUAGUUGCGGCCGAGCUAGGUCACUCUCACCCCGCCCUGAUCAUUCCCAGAUUCAAUUGAGUCCACUCCAGGAUCGCACGUACGUACAAAAUGGCAGGCACUACCAAACUGUAUUACAUCUGGAACUUCUUCGAGAAGAUCCAACCAGCUGGAUUCGUAAACAGUUGGUUACAAGCAGCCAACUAUGUAAAGACCAACAAGGACUACAUAUCAACCCAACUCCAUCGCAACUUGAACCCUGAUGGUGCCUUCAAGUACGUGAAUCAUGCUGCGUUCGACGGACUAACAUUUGAGGGGUUUCAGCAGAGCAAACCAUCAGAGGCUUGGAUAAGAAUGAUGAAGGACUCAACGUCAGCAGACAACGUGGCCUAUCCAGGUGGCUACACUGAGAUUACAACAAAUACUGGGAAGCCAUUAGCUCCCUGGCUGCCAAAAGAUGACAAGGGCGUCUUCAUCAUCACAUCAUUCAAGGCCGCUGAUGAAAACGAUGCCACGCUUCAGGAAACCUUUGAGAAAGACUGGAUGGAAUCUUCGGGCGCUAACUUCAUCCUUCAGAAAGCUCCCAAAGAUCUCGGUAUCUCUCACUUAGGUCUAUACAAGAAGUUUACUCCGCGUCCAGGAUUGAAGUACGUCCUCCGUGCAGAGCUGGAAGGUGUUGGAGAGGAUUCGGAGGCUGCAAGGAGCUUCCUGAGUCAGUUGAAGGCCUUCAAGUUUCCCGAUUACUUCGAGCGUGUCGAUACCGAUCUGUACAGGGCUGACCCCGAAAAUAUCAUCUUCCCCGACGCAGGAAAGAAAGAUCUUCCUGAAGGACAUAGUUAUAAGCCUUAGAAUCCACUAAGACCAUCACGUCUUAAAUCUUUGACAUCCGUUGACUGCAUACUAUUUUAAACGUCUGUAUAGUUUCAAUCUGUUUCUUUGCAUAAGCUAUGGGAUCUGGCAGAAAACUUUUAACUUGUGUUUGAUUCUCUGGUGUUUUCUUUUUAAUUUCUCAGCUGAAGUCACCGAUGUAGCAAGAAGUUGUUGCAUUUGGCGGAACACUGUUCGUCCCUAAAUAAACAAUAAUAAUUGCGCUUUUUCUUCGUAAUACAAAAAGCUUGUUCGACAGUACUACAAAGAGUGAAAGGAAUUUGUUUUGCUUGACAAACCUGCAUAGUCUGUUUUUCUUUUUAGUUCAGGUUUAUUUUGAGUCACUUUACUUAAUUGAAAUAGUCGUUCAACUAUGAUGCAGAUUUUGUUUUCCGGUGGAAAAACGGUUUUUCUAUUUUAAACGUAUUCCAUGUAACCCCGAGCUGCAUUUGUUUGUUUAAUUGUAUGCCCUAACUACAAUGAUUAAUAGUAAACGAUGAUAAGCUAUUUAAGGUCGUCCUGUUUAGUAUAAUGAAAAGAUUGUACUUGUUCACGAAACGAAAAAAAUAAUGGCCAGGCAGUGGUCCUAAAUUUCCAAGCCACGAAUGAAUCUUGGUAAUGAGUGAAAGUCAGGGUUUUACUUGUCAGCCGGACUAGUGAACCAGACUCUUAACCAGUCCACCAGUGCACCAGAAUGUCAUAAACAACAACGUGCAUACAAUGUACAUGUAUAACUUUAUCCUGAGGCAAUCUUGUCGGUGUUUUCAACAAACAUAUUUAAUUAAAAAGAAUUGAAACAUACACUAACUGAUUAACGUUAUUAAUAUAUUAAAUAAACCAUCUGUUAAUAAAUUAAA